AUGCUGACCCUCUGGGCCCUGGCCAUCACACUGGCUCUCCAGGCAGAAGCGCUUUACCUGCUGAUUCCUUCUUCGCUGCCAAACAUUUCUGCCAGAAGAUUCCCUCUAGAAGUGAGACAGCCCAUCAUAAUUCCCCAAAUUCCAGGUGGCUCUUACUUUAGAAAACAACCAGCUGUGACAACCCCUGCAGCCAAUGACUUCACGUCUAGCAGCACACUCGAUGACUAUCUGAACAGCACCCUGCCCCCACAGAUUGAGAAGAUGCUGAUGUGUGCAGAGGUGGAUCUGGCCGGGGUGCUUGGGACUGUGUUAGAAACGGUGUCCAACUUGGACCUGCUGUCGGUGUUAGACAUCGCUUCCCCGCUCAAUCUCCUCGGUGGAGGUGGCAAGAGUGGUCCCCAGGACAAGGGGAGCACGAGCAAGCCCUCAAAGCGCCCACCUCCAUUGCUCUCCAAAGCCACUGAUACUGUCAGUAACCUGAUACCCUCCGCCCAAGGGGUCGUGGGAAGCCUACUAGGCAACAGCGUAAGGAGGGAUCCUGCAAAACGAGGUGACACUUCUCUUCUCCCUAAUGCCCCCCUGCCCCUGAGUGGUGUGCUCAACCAAGUCACCGUGCCCGCAAGUGGUGUGCUCGACCAAGUCGGCAAGCUCAAAGAAUCCACCGAGGGCAUCCUGAAGAGUGUGGUGCCAGGUGGCAUCACUGAUGCGCUCUCGGGCAUGCUGGGAAAUAUUAACCUGAAAGAACUCUUGCUAGGAUUAGAGGUUCAAAAAGCAACUGUGGAGAACAUGAUGUCAACGAUGACAGGCGACGAGAUCCUCGUCCAAGCUGCGACUACUGCCUUGAUCGGUGGAAAAGGCCUACUAGGACCUGUAAUCAGCCUCCUGGGAUUUCAAGUGAAUGGAGACGUGACUCUGAAAAUUGGCAUUUCCACAAAUGACACCCAAUGCGUCAACCUCGAAGUCCAGGACAAGAACAUCAAGGUCAACAAAGUGUACCUUCAGUUGCUAAAGACGGUCACGGAUAUUUUGCCUCUCCCUGUCCCUCUGCCCUUGGACGACGUCAUUUCUCAACUGCUGACAGUUAAAUUGAAUGAGAAUUUGAAAGAAGCAAAAUCAUGUGACAUUGAUGUCAGUGAUUUCACCGAAUGCAAGAACUGUGAGUACAAACACCCAACCUCCUUGGGGCUCCCCAGGUCAAUGGAGUAG